GACGUGCCAGCCAUAUGGGCCUGGCAUCAGAGCUGGUAUGUAACCCACCCAGUCCUGCCUCUGAGGUGCCACACGGAUCCCUCCACGCGUUAGGGCUGGGGAUAGCAGCAGCAGCAGCAGACAGAGAGGAGAGAGGUGUGAGAGCAGAACACAGCGUCUCUUCUGCACAAGCAUCCGUGCAGGGCGUGUGGAUGUGAUGCCCACCCGGAGAGACAUGGUGUAAACAAACCCGCUUUGCCCCGUCACUGAGCUCCACCACGGAGGUUGCUUGCCACGAUGUUGAGCCGUCUGUUCAGUGAGGUCCUGCCGGACGUCCAAAGGCUCGCCGCGGACUGGGCGGAGGGCACUGAACACGAGGACAGCAAGGACAAGGUCGGAAAGAACGAGGCCUGUGACCUCGAUGAUGACGACCUGGACGACCCGCUGGAGGGGAGCAGCCGAGCCGAGUCUGAGAUGGCCGGCGACGACGAUGAUGAUGAGGAUGAGGAUGAAGAGGCCGAGGAAGAGGGCGACGAUGAGAACAGUGAAGGCAAACCCAAGAAGCGCGGCCCAAAGAAACGUAAGAUGACGCCGGCGCGCGCGGAGCGCUCCAAAGUGCGCCGAAUGAAGGCAAAUACGCGGGAGCGUACGCGCAUGCACGAUUUGAAUUCUGCGCUGGACAGUCUGCGCAAAGUGGUGCCAUGCUACUCCAAAACACAAAAACUGUCCAAGAUAGAGACUCUGAGGCUGGCCAAGAAUUAUAUUUUAGCCCUGGGGGAGAUUUUACGCAACGGGAAACGGCCAGAUGUGGUGGCCUACGUGCAGAUGUUGUGCAAAGGCCUGUCCCAGCCCACUACCAACCUGGUGGCAGGCUGUCUGCAGCUCAACACCAGAAACUUCCUGACUGAGCCGUGUGCAGAGGGAGCCCGCUUCCACGUGCCCAGCUCUCCUUUCUCCGUGAAUCCCUACUCCUACCGGUGUUCCCGCAUCUCCAGCCCGCAUUACCAGGCCGGGGGUGCAGCGCUUAACGUGCGGGGCCAUUCCUACGGCUCCGGGUACGAGGCCGUGUACCCCCCAGGUGGGACGUCCCCUGAGUACAACAGCCCGGACUAUGAGGCCCCGCACAGCCCGCCCGUCUGCAUAAACGGUGGCCUGAGACAGCAGGAGGCUCCAGAGGCAGACAGGAACUAUCAUUACUCUAUGCAUUACUCCGGAAUGACCACGUCUCGGCCCAGCCACAGCAUACCAUAUGGGCCCUCGGGAGCGCGCAGUGGCGGUGCGCACUCAGAAAACAUUCCACCUUUUCACGACGUGCACCCGCAUCAUGACAGGGCGCCCCCGUAUGAGGAUCUCAAUGCUUUUUUCCAUAACUGAGUCCUCCUCACAAUCAGACAUUGAAAUGACAAUCCUGACGUGUAAUAUUGUUUGGGAAGCAGGAGAAGAGAGAUUGAAGUGGCAAAAAAGAUUCCUCCGAUUACCUUCUGUAUUCUACUGAUGUCAUCCCUACUGUUGUACAUCCCAUCAGUGUGUCCAGUAAUAUCCUGUAUGCAGAAUGAGUGCAAUUGACAUAAAAGAUGUAUAGGCCUAAACAUGUUAUGACACAAAAAACAGAAAUAAAAAAAAAAUGUUUUAUAACUGUCUGACAUGAUCGAACAACUCUUAUUCUGUACAUCGAGGGAAAUCACCCAUAAACUGUGUGGAUAAUAUAUUAAAUAAUAUUAAUUUCAAACUUCAA